GAGAAAUAAGAGGUUAUUUUUCUAGGUAUAUCUGUAUUUAUACACUUCUUGUUUUGAUUUUCUCAGGACCCCCAAACAAUUGAGAUUGCAGAGGAAACUCAAGAUCCAUUAAGCCGAUACAUUAAGGUAUGGGAGAGACAGAAGACUCGGAGAAGAAUGGCAGUGCAACCAAAGCCCAGAAGGAGGAAAAGCACGAAAAGAAAGAGAAAAAACAUGCAGACAUGGAUGAGAAAGAAGGGAAAGGGGAAGAGAAAAGCAAAGAUAAGAAGAAGAAAGACAAAGAUGGUAAAGAUAAGGAAGAUGGUGGAAAGGAGAAGAAGAAGAAGGAUACUCAAGAUACGACGGAUCCAGCGAAACUGAAGCAAAAGCUCCAAAAGAUUGAUGCCAAGAUGCAAGAAUUGACGACAAAGAGAGAAGAAAUCUUAAAACUUCUUAAUGAAGUUGAGAAAAAUGCCGCGAAUCCAAGUUAAAAAUGCAUUUUCUAAAAAUGUGAUUGGUUUCAAAACUGUUUUUGAAAAAAACCAAAAACAAAAAAAAUCUGAAAACAACCCUCUUUGGAACUUUGUGAAAAAUGAUGUGCAUUUUUGAACUUUUCAUUGCUUUAUUUUGGAAAAUAGGAAAAACAAAAAAAGAUACUAAACAAUUCCUAUAAUCUUCUCAAAUGAGUGUUGGAGAUUUGUUGGAAGGUUUUUUUAUUUUAUUUUUAAUAUAUAUAUUUUAGUGAUUUAAAGGAUUGAUCACUGUACUAUUUGUAGU